UCCCCCUGAGCACUAACGGCUCCGGGGAAAGGGGAGCGGAAGGGCUCCGCUGCGGCUGCCGGGCUGCGGGGCAGGAUUGCACAGCACGAUCUGCAGGGCGCAGGGGGGAAGGAGGAGGGCUCGGCCGGUGCGAUGGGGCUGCACCGGGGAACAAGGGCGCCCAGGGGCCGAGGCUGUGCUUUCCUCCUGCUCCUAGCCUUGGCCUGCCUCUGGCUGCCCACAGAUGGCCGGCGGCCCCCCCGGCCGCCCCCCUGCCCCCCGAGCUGCUCCUGCACCCGCGACACAGCCUUCUGCGUGGACUCCAAGGCCAUCCCCAGAAACCUGCCCCCCGAGGUCAUCUCGCUGACCAUGGUGAACGCAGCCUUCACGGAGAUCCGCGAGGCAGCCUUCGCUCACAUCCCCUCGCUGCAGUUCCUCCUGCUGAACUCCAACAAGCUCACGCUCAUCGGGGACAGCGCCUUCGCCGGGCUCUCGCACCUGCAGUACCUGUUCAUCGAGAACAACGACAUCCAGGCGCUGGCCAAGGGCACCUUCCGCGGGCUCAAGUCCCUGACCCACCUGUCUCUGGCCAACAACAACCUGCAGACGCUGCCCAGGGACCUCUUCAAGCCGCUGGACAUCCUGAGCGACCUGGACCUCCGGGGCAACGCGCUGGCCUGCGACUGCAAGAUCAAGUGGCUGGUGGAGUGGAUGGAGAGCACCAACACCACGGUCCCCCCCGUCUUCUGCAGCAGCCCCGGGCAGCGGCAGGGCCAGCGCAUCCGCGACCUGGCGCUCAGCGACUUCGAGUGCAUCACCACGGACUUCGUGGUGCACCAGGUCCUGCCCUUCCAGGCGGUGUCGGCCGAGCCCUUCACCUACGCCAGCGACCUCUACGUGGCCCUGGCCCAGCCCGGCGCCAGCAGCUGCGCCGUCCUCAAGUGGGACUACGUGGAGCGCAAGCUGCGCGACUUCGACCGCAUCCCCGCUCACUCGGCGGUGCACUGCAAGCCCAUCGUGGCCCAGGGCCAGCUCUACGUGGUGGUGGCACAGCUCUUCGGGGGCUCCUACAUCUACCGCUGGGACACCACCGUGGACAAGUUCAUCAAGAUCCAGGACAUCGACAGCCAGAAGACCCGCAAGCCCAACGACAUCGAGGCCUUCCAGAUCGACGGCGACUGGUACUUCGUCAUCGCCGACAGCUCCAAGGCGGGCUCCACCAGCCUCUACCGCCUCAGCCAGAACGGCUUCUACUCCCACCAGGCCCUGCACGCCUGGCACCGCGACACCGACGUGGAGUACGUGGAGAACGAGGGCAAGCCCCGGCUCAUCAUCUCCAGCAGCUCCCAGGCGCCCGUCAUCUACCAGUGGAACCGCUCGCAGAAGCAGUUCAGCCCGCAGGGCGAGGUGGGCGAGAUGCUGGACGUGCAGAUGGUCAAGCACUUCAGGGUCAAGAGGGACCAAUUCCUCUGCCUCAGCCGCUACAUCGGCGACUCCAAGGUGGUGCGCUGGGAAGGGCCGCGCUUCGUGGAGCUGCAGACGCUGCCCUCCCGCGGCUCCAUGGUCAUGCAGCCCUUCUCCGUGGAGCAGCGCCAGUACAUGGCCCUGGGCAGUGACUUCUCCUUCACCCACGUCUACCUGUGGGAAGAGGAGAAGCAGAAGUUUGUCAAGUUCCAGGAGCUGUCGGUGCAGGCGCCCCGGGCUUUCCGCUACGUGCCCGCCUCCGACGUGCAGCUCCUGCUGGCGCCCAGCUUCAAGGCCAACACGCUGGUCUACCGGCACGUGGUGGUGGACCUCAGCCUGUAGUGGGGGGAGACCCAGGGGCCCCAUGCUGCCCUGCCGGGGCUCUGCCCUGGCUCUCACACGGGCGCCGGCCCCGGCCCCUUCCUCCAGAGACCUGCUGCCGCCCGCGGCGGGGCUGCACCAGCCCACCAGCCCCUUCCCUCCUGCCUGCGCGGACCCUGCCCGGUGACACGGCCUGGUGUGAGCGCCCGCCGCCUGCUCCUACACCCGUCCCGGCCCCUGUAGUCACCCGCCUAAACCGCCUGCCCUGCUGAGCCACCGCGGGGCAGGGCCGAGCCCCCGUGCCUGGCUGCGGGAGGGGGGGAGGCAGCCACGGGCCUCGGUUUCCCUGGGAGGGACAGCAGCCCUGCGGCAUUGCCAGGGCCCCCAUUCACCGUGUCCGCCCCACCCGGGAGCCCGUGGGACGCUGGAGGACGGGGCCAGGACAGCCCUCGCUCUGCACCCCGAUGCCCUCGGGGGACUGCGGUGCUGGCAGGGCAGGCGAGGGGGAGCGGGGGCCCGUGGCUCUGCCUGCCCUGGCCUGGGGCAGGAGCUGGAGGCUUGUGGCAGGCUGCUGCGCUGGGUCUGGGGGCACAGCUGGGGGGCGAGGAGCCGGGUACUGAGGCUGGUGGGAUGCUCCGGGCUGCUGGGGUGCUCCCGGGCUCGUGGGGUGCCCCCAGGCUGGCGGGGUGCUCUGAGGCGGAUAGGAUGCUCCAAGGCCAGUGGGAUGCUCCGAGGCGGAUAGGAUGCUCCAAGGCCAGUGGGAUGCUCCAAGGCCAGUGGGAUGCUCCGAGGCAGAUAGGAUGCUCUGAGGCAGAUAGGAUGCUCCGAGGCGGAUAGGAUGCUCCGAGGCAGCGCUGCCACCCGCAGCAGUGGGGCUCGGCCCGGCCGCCCUGCUCCCGGCCCCUCUCCCCGCACGUGCAGCAGCCCCCCACCCCGCUCCCGGGCGGGGGCUGCCGUGCCCCCCGCAGCCGAGGUGUACGCGCCCUGCAGAAACGCUCCCACAAUAAACACACUGUG